GCAGUCAAUUUGGUCCGGCCUCCGCCGUCUUGGAAGCGUUCGCAGUCGCCUCGGCUGUACCGUCCUCAGCCUCCACCGCGGUCGGGCCUGAGCCCGGCCCUGGGGGGUGAGUGGGAGCCGCGGGAGGGCAGAUGGAGGGAGAGAAGCGCCAGGCGCAUACUUUUGGACACUCCCCACCACCUCGAGCGGGCCUUUGAGAAUUGCGCGUGCGCAGUCCUCCUGACCCUUGAGCACGUCCAUUGGCUGACCGAGUAGGCGCGGCUAGACGGUCGACCAAUCAAGUCAAGAUGUUUGCCCGCCCCGCCCCUUAGAGUCACCUGGGUUUGAAUCCCGCCCCUGAGGCUUCUUGCUGGGUGAUUCUGUGCCUCAGUUAAUUCAUCUGUCAAAUGACAGUAAUGCCAGCAAAUGAGACAGCGUGUGUAAUGGUCAUCUACUGUGGUCACCACCACCAUCAUCACUAUCGUGUCCCCUCCCCCAGUCCUUCCCCUGCCCCUGCUCUCCAGAAGGACCUAUUGAGUUGUUGCCUGGAGGCAACUUCAGAGAGAGCAAUUAUUAAGUGCUUCCUGUAUGCACUGUGUUAAGAGCUGAGGAUACAAGAGGAAGCAGGAGACUGCUCUGCCUUUGAGGAUCUUACAUUCUAAUGGGGGAAGACAAAACAUAAAGGGGAUACUUGGGGAGGAAAGUUACCCGGGAGGGGUGGGAGAAGGUAUCCAGAAGGAAUCCAGAAAGUAGGAACAUCUGAGAGCGAGCUGGGCUGGGGGGGAAGAGAGCAAGGCCAGAGGCUCCUCAUGACCUCUCUUGAGCACCUACUCUGCCCGGCCCUGUGCUAAGCACGAGGGAUACAAAGAAGGCAAAAGAGGGGUCCUGCCUGCGAGGAGCUCCCAGUCUGUCUGCGGACCGGAGGGCCAGCCCGUCUCUCCGCCCUUCUCCCAGAAAACAGAAGUGAGCAUGGCCCCCGUGCUCCUGACAGCCAGGACCCACCAGGAAUUGGUGACCUUCAAGGACGUGGCCGUGGACUUCUCCUGGGAGGAGUGGGAGCACCUGGGCCCUUCCCAGAAGAAUCUGUACCGGGAAGUGAUGCUGGAGAACUACCGGAACCUGGUGUGCCUGGGACUUGAAGAUUCAAAACCAGAUGUGAUUGAGCAGCUGGAGCAACAGGGAGCAUCUGAGGUGCAAAAAGGAACUGUCCUAGCCAUCACCUGUCCAGAUUGGGAGAAUAGAUCUGAAACCAAGGAGUCAAUUCCAACACUGGGCAUUUCUAUUGAAGAGUCAUCCCAAGAACAUUUCACAAAGAAUGGUCCCUGUAUCUCCAAGUUAGUAGAAUGUGAGGCUACUUUAGAAAGAUGGCCCAGAUAUGAGGAAAAACAUUCUAACCAAGUAAAAAAUUCCAAUAUGUUGAAGUAUCUCAAAUGUAAGAAAUAUGACAGAAUCUUUGGUCUAGGGCCAACCUUUGUUUCCCAACAAAAACUAUAUGUUGCAAAGAGUUUCCACCAAUAUGAUAAACAUAGAAAGAGCUUCAGAUUGUAUUCUGACUCAAGUAAAUAUAAUAGAAUCUGUUUGAAGAAGACAUUUUCUAAAUUUGAUGAAUGUGAGAAAUCCUCCAGUUAUAAUUCAGACUUUUUAAAAUGUCAUAGAAUAAAUACUCAAGAGAAACUUCAUGAAUAUAAUGACGGUAGAAGAACGUACCAGAGCUCAUCUAUUAUUCCUUUCCCAUCAAUUAAUACGGGAGAGAAACCCCAUAAAUGCAAAGAAUGUGGAAUGUCUUUCCCCAAUACCUUACAACUAACUGAACAUUGGAGCAUUCAUACAGGAGAAAAACCUUAUGAAUGUAAUGAAUGUGGAAGGGUAUUUUGCUGGAGCUCAGGACUUACUGAACAUCAGAGAAUUCAUACUGGAGAAAAACCUUAUGAAUGUAAUGAAUGUGGGAAGACUUUCAAUCAUAGGUCAUCCCUUACUUCCCAUUACAGGAUUCAUAGUGGACAAAAAACUUAUGAAUGUAAUGAAUGUGGCAAGGCCUUCUACUGGACCUCAGAACUUACUAAACAUCAGAGAAUUCAUACUGGAGAAAAACCUUAUGAAUGCAGUGAAUGUGGUAAAGCCUUCCACCAGAGCAUACACCUUAUUCAACAUCAAAGAACUCAUACUGGAGAGAAACCUUAUGAAUGUAAUGAAUGUGGGAAGGCCUUUGGCCGAAUUGCACUCCUUACUGAACAUAAGAGAAUUCACACAGGAGAGAAACCUUAUGAAUGUAAUGAGUGUGGGAUGGCCUUCCGGUGGAAUUCAGGACUAACAGAACAUCAGAGGAUUCAUAGUGGAGAGAAACCUUAUGAAUGUAAUGAAUGUGGGAAGACUUUCAGUCGUAGGUCAUCCCUUACUUCCCAUCAAAGGAUUCAUAGUGGGAAGAAACCUUAUGAAUGUAAUAAAUGUGGCAAGGCCUUCUAUUGGAUGUCAAAACUUAGUAAACAUCAGAGAAUUCAUACAGGAGAAAAGCUUUAUGUGUGCAAUGAAUGUGGAAAGACCUUUAACCGAAGCACACAUCUUACUCAACAUCAGGGAAUUCAUACUGGUGAAAAGCCUUUUGAAUGCAGUGAGUGUGGGAAGGCUUUCAACCGUAGCAUACAUUUUACUCAACAUCAGAGAAUUCAUACUGGAGAAAAACCUUAUGAAUGUAAUGAGUGUGGAAAAGCCUUCUGCCAGAGCUCAGGACUUACUAGACAUCAGAAAAUUCAUAAUAGAGAUAAACAUUAGGUUGUGAUGACUGUAGGGAGGCUUUCUGCUAGAGUAAAAAAAAGAAGAAAAAUCUUCCUGGACAUCAGAGAAUUACCUAUCAAUUGGAGAAGGCUUACAACUGUAAUAAAUGUGGACAGCUUCUCCAUAAGCUAUCCCUUACUUUCAGCACAGGACUAUAUUAGAGAACUUAUAAGUGUAUUGAAAGUGGGAAGACCUUACAUGGAACAUAGAAUUUAGUUUACAUUGCAGAAUGAAUAGUUGAAAGAAUUAAGAAUGUGAGAAAAUCUUCCAAACAUUUUAUUGUGCAUCAGAAGCUUCAUACUGGAGAGAAACUUUAUAUAAUAAAUGUGGGAAAACUUUCC